UUUUUUUCUUCUCUUUAAGAGCAUCUCUAAGUUCCAUUCGGCGUUCCUUAAAAGCAAUCCAAGCUUCCAGCACUGUAUCAGACAGCGAAUAUCAAGACGCUGUCGAACAAACUUGGGAGGAGAAUCGAUCUAUAGAAAGUAAAUCUUUUGAUAGAUUUGUUGAAGCAGAAACAAGGAAUCAACUACCCGAAAAUAAUUGUUCAACAGUAAGAAUGGCCAAUAAAUCGCCUAGUUUUGAGCGUCUUGACAAACUCUACGAGGAUGGUCUGUCUGAUGAACUUUAUGGUGAACUUGUAAAAUUGAAUAAGGAAGUUGGAGACCAGAAUGGAGUUCAAAUUCUUUGGCGACUCUCUCGAGUUUGUUACCAAUUGGCCUCUUCGUUCGAUGAUCAAAGUGCAAAGAGGAAGGAAUAUAUGGAUGAAGGUUAUAAACAUGCUGGUAUUGCCUAUGAAAAAGAACCGGAGGAAUUCGAUGUCAUUAAAUGGUAUGCUGCUUGUACUGGGGGUAGGACGGAUUUUCUUGGAACGGCAGAGAAGAUUAAACAAGGCCAUAAGUUCAAAGAAUUAAUCGAUAAGGCGCUCGCAAAAAGCCCGAAGGAUUAUGCGCUUCUUUACAUGCGCGGUCGUUUUGCCUACUCGGUUGCUGGUCUCUCAUGGUUUGAAAGGAAGGCUGCAGCGGCGCUUUUCUCUGAUCCACCAAAAGCAACAUAUGACGAGGCACUCAACGAUUUUCUUGCCGUAUAUAAAUUGAAACCUGAAUGGGUUGAGAAUCUGUUAUUUUUGGGUAAAUGCUAUUUGGCAAAGAAUGAAAAGAAGGAGGCGAUUAAAUAUCUGAAAAUGGCUGUCGAGAUUGGAGAGAAAACUAAAUCAAGUGAUUGUGAAGAGGAUUCGGAUGUGAAAGAAGCUAAGGAGUUGCUCAAAAAGUAUAAAUAA